AAAGAACAAGAUAACUUUCAAGAAAAUUGCGCAACGAAAACACAGAAUUUUCAGAAGAAAGCAAGAGAAUAGAUUGGAAAUCUCGAAAAUUUGUUGUUUAAAGAAAGGAGAGAAGGAAAGCCAAGCAGUCAAAACAAUUCGCAAUGGCUACACAAGCUGGUCGCCUAUUUCAAGAUCAGAACUUAAAUGUUCACUAUAAUGGAGCUUCUGUUGGGGGAAAGACCACUAGCUUUAAGGCACCACCAAAGAAAGGAGGACUUGGUGUAAGGAAAGCACUUAAUGAUAUUUCAAACUCCGGAAACCCUUCAGGACUUCAAGCUUCGAAGAAACAUAGCUCUGCGAAUGUGAUUUCUAUCGGGGAAGAACUUGGUGCCUUCAAAACUAAGGUUUCCGUUGAAGGGAAAACAAAUGUUCUUAAGGCUCCGGAGAAAGUGCAAGUUGGUGGCAGAAAAGCAUUAAGUGACCUCACAAACUCGGGGAAGCCAUCGGUUCAUCAGUUGUCAAAGAAGAGUCACAUUAAGAAGUUGAAUGCUGUUGUAGAAGAAAAUUACCUUCCCAGUGCUGUUGCUGAGGAGCGAUUUCUGCACGAUCAUCAGAAAUGCAUCAAAGCUCGAAGAAAUACUGUAGACAUGGAUACUUUUCUGAAGAUUGUUGGGCUAGAUAAUGAUAUUUCUGUGCACCUAGCAUCACCACAGGCACUUCCAGUAUCAAGAGACUCAAAGCGUGAGAGCCCACUGAAGCAUCUGAAAAUGGAAGAAAUAUCAGAGCUGCUGAUUGAAGAUCGAUUCCCCCAAUGCAGGAAUACAGAUCUUCCUAACGAGAAUAAUAAUUCUCCACCUCCUUGUCAAACUUCCAAGUCACCAAGGCCACAAAUUGAAUGGGAGGACUACAAUUUCUCUGAUUUCAUGUUGAUGGGGACACCAUGACUACCAAUGAACUGAUCAUCUAUCUUUCAGCAAGCUUCUUGAACUCUAGAAUCAGUCAAAAUUUUGAAGAGAUUAUCGGUUGAUAAUUUCUUUCAUGCUGUUUUUCCUUUAGACGGAGCCUUCCCUAGCUUUUACUGCAGUCAAUUGAUUUGACUAUUAUUAGUCUCGUUCAGCACUUCAUACUUCAGUUAGUUUUUGUAUUGAUAUAUCAACAUCAUGUUUGACUGUAUUUUGGAUAUGUAGGCUUGGUUUGGCAAAGUUUGUGUUUGACAAUUGUGUAAUUGGCUGAUUUUGGUGGUUUACUGUUCAACUACAUCAAGUUGGGUAGGAACAUGUUUUG